GCUUAUCGGUAUUUUCAGCCGUUAAAUAGAAAUCAAUAAUCGAAUACGUUGUAAAUAUGUAUUUGGUUUUAGUCGUAUGCUUCACGUGCAUCCAUUCGCAGUAUAUUUUAGUGCGUGGAAUUUUAGGAGGCGAAGAGAUCAGCAUACAGCAGGCGCCCUACCAGGUCAACUACGGGGACAUUUGCGGCGGAGUGCUCAUACACAGGCAAUGGGCUUUGACCACCGCCCACUGCGGAACAGAAGAAACCUUCAUAAGAGUUGGAAGCAUGUACCACCAGAAAUCCCGCAAAAUCAACAUCAUUUCACACCUAGUCCAUCCAAAAUUUGGCCAAAGACAUGAGUUUGACUUCGACGUCCAGUUGCUUAAGUUCAGAAAACUGAGGUUCAGCAGCUUUGUUCGUCCGAUCGAGAUCAGCGAUGGAGAAUAUGGGGUCUACAUGUUUGUGACUGGCUGGGGGUUCACUAAAGAAAAAGGUACCUUCAACGAAAUCCUCCACCGGGCGCAAGUACAAAUAGUGCCAAAGUCAGAGUGCCAGACAGUCCCACAGCCCUGGUACAACCACAGCCUCACUGCGAGGAUGUUUUGCGCUGAGGGGGAAGGGGAAGAUGCUUGUCAGGGAGACAGCGGCGGCCCAGCAGUGUCCUUCGGGCGCCUCGUCGGCAUCUCCUCCUUCGGCUACGGCUGCGGGCGCGUGCCUGGCGUCUACGUCAACGUGUCCGACGGGAAGAUCAAGAGGUGGCUCAAGAACCAUGUUAUAACGUCUGCAUAACGCUUCAUGUCACUGGGAAGACUUUAAAGCCCCACCAGAACUAUAUAUCUACGCGCCAUGUUGCGCAAUAUCAGUCGAUUUUUUUUCUUCAUACUAAACUGAACUGUCAACCCAUAACAUCAAAGUAACAGCGCCCUCCUGACAAUGAGGAGGCACACUCAAAGGUUAUGACAGAUGGCGCCACCCUAUUAGUCCAUACGUGAGAGCGAGAAGACCGGGACCCACUGAAAAUCAGCGCUUCGGCAUGCCGUGGCAAUAUGCUGAGUGGGCUCCCAAUUUAAUAUCUAGAUUGUAUUAUAUUUAUCUCUGUUAUAUUUGUCCAAACUGAUGUUAAAUAAAAAAUAUUCUAUUUUAUUCUAUUCUAGGAUGAUAUGUUUUUUCUCUCUCUCACAAUAUAUGAAUGACAGUGA